UUUUGAUAUGAUAUGUAGUGGAAGAGAUAAGAUUGAAACUCCAGAGCAGUUUCAACAAGUUGCAGAUACUGCCGCGAAGCUUGAUUUGGAUGGACUUCUUGUUAUUGGUGGGGAUGACUCGAACACAAAUGCCUGCCUCCUUGCUGAGAAUUUCAGGGGAAAGAAUUUGAAAACUCAGGUGAUUGGGUGUCCAAAAACCAUUGAUGGUGACUUGAAAUGCAAAGAAGUCCCAAUAAGUUUUGGGUUUGAUACUGCUUGCAAGGUGACUGCAACUAAAAGAAAUUUUUUAUUACUUGAACCCUUAAAUUUCUUUGUGGUCCUUUCCAUAUAUCGUGUAGGAAAUUUUGGAGCAGCAAUCUUUAUUUUUUAGUAGAUACGAACUUGA